ACGUUCACAAGGUACAUGCGCGCUCCAUGCAGGCUUCUUCCACACCCCUGGAACGUCGAACUGGUGUAGUGCGGUGACUACUGUUACUGUUGGCUUUGGUGUUACCAUUACCACUACUACUGCUACUGCUACUGCUUGUGCUGCUCAUACGUACUUGGCAGGAUGUCGGGCAGAGGCUUUUACGGACCACCUCGUGGACGUGGAGGAUAUGAUGGUCGUGGAGGUCCUCGCGGACCGGAUGGACGUCGUGGGUGUGGCUUCGAUGAACGAGAGUUGUACGGUCCGCCCCCGAGUUGUCAAGGUGGAAGAGGUCGUGGUGGACCACGAGGUGAAAGAGGAUAUGGAUCUUCACAACCUACUGAGUAUCCAUCAUUUCAACGUAACCCGUCAACAGAUCGGUCACGUGUUGGUGAUGUUCCAGGGGUGUGGAAGAAGCCUGCAUGGAGCGCGCAUGUACCUUGUGAACGUGGUGACAUAGCAUCGUCAUUACGACUGGAAAACGAGGCUACCUUGGAAGCUGCUCGCCAAAAGAAAAGCCAGUGUAUGAAGAAAGCUGUGUGUGACGUGUCUUGUGAGCUUUCAAAACUAAGCAUGCAGAGGCCAGUGGGAAUUCCAAACAGACCAGAUGAAGGUGGCACAGUCGGGAGAACAGUGAGAGUUACUUCAAAUUGUUGGGACCUUGCUUUCCAUCAGAAGACGGUAUACUUGUACUUUGUUGAGGCGAUCUCAGUAUACCGUCUGGACUCAAAGGAGGGCAGUAAGACGGAGAUAAGAAUGCCACCGAGGGAGUUGCAAUCUCUGACACAACAAGUAGCUAGCUCCUUUCCAGAUACGGUGGUAUAUGAUGGAGGGCACGCAAUAUACUCUGAAGACCCGUUAACGGGUGUUACAACGGACCCUGUGGAGAAGGAGAUGGAGAUCGAAGACCCGCUUGGUCGUGAUCGCCUUCUCCUAAAGUAUCGUAUUAUGGAAGUACAGCGAGUGUCUACUUCUGAUGUUGAUCAUUUUAUAAAGAAUCCGAAGGCGACUUCGAUGAAUAUGCCCCAGGAGUCCAUCAGGCUAUUGGAUUGUAUUCUGAAAACAGUCUCUAGACAGUCGUUCGUUUCUGUUGGACGUUCAGCCCUGUUCGAGGCGAAACCGAUUAGAGUUGUCGCGGAUAAACUCUUCAGCAUCCAUAAAGGUUUUAUUAGUAGUGUGCGACCUCAGUGGAAGGUCCGUGUAAACUUGGAUAUGACGUGCAAGGCGUACUUUACGUCUGGGAAUUUGGCGGACGUGAUGUACGCAAAGUAUGGCGAUGGGAUGUCUCGGUGCAGUGAAGAAAUGGCCCGUGACUUGAGAAGAAUCAGAGUGGAGAGUGAGAAGUUUUACAGGAGCGACAGUGGUAGGAUGUAUUCGCGACGGUUCACUGUGCACGGGAUGUCGUCACUACCAGCUGAUCGUCUAAUGAUUGAGGAGGUGAAUGAGACGGUGGCAGAAUAUUUUAAGAGGCAUCAUCAUAUCACACUGAAGUAUCCAGAGCUGCCUUGUGUGAAGGUUGAUCAGAAGCGGGAGGUGUAUAUGCCUAUGGAGUUGUUGAACAUACUACCGUAUCAAGCUCCUAAUGCGAGUAAAGCGGAUGUUGCUAGCGAAGUGAUCCGGUGUUCGGCAGUUCGACCGCAGGAACGUUUCCAAGAGCUGCAAAACUUUGCUAACAAUAUGCUGAAGUCACACCCACUGAUCGAACAAUUUGGUUUGGCGAUCGAGCCGAGGCCAGUGGAAGUGAAGGCACGUGUUCUGCAGCCGCCAAGUGCUAAAUUUGGUCGUUCCGGUGUGCAACCGCUAAAGGCAGGUAGCUGGAUGUCACCUGACUUUCAUGAGCCAGCUGGCAAGGGAGUGGAGCUGAUGUGGGCCAUACUUUGUGUUCCACCUAAUCAGCGGUCUCAGAGUCACAUACAAAAGGUGAUGUCAGAAAUGCCUAGAGCAGGAAGUCGCUUUGGGGUUCGUCUAAGCCCUCGACCUAUUGUGGCACAAUGUCCUACAGGAGAACUUGGCAGAAAGUUUGAAGAUUUCAGUAGACAAGGCUGUUCGUUUGUGCUUCUAAUCUUGUACGACGAGCGGAACUACUCGGCAGUUAAACGCCUGAGUGACCUGCAAAUGGGUAUCCGUACACAGUGUGUACUUGGUCGUACUCUGGAGAAGGCGAACGUUUGCCCGAACCUGUUACUGAAGCUGAAUGGGAAAUUGGGUGGUGUGAACUGGCAGAUCCCCGACCUGAUUAAGAACAGUGGUGAGUUGCUGAUGGUGUUUGGGGCAGACGUGACCCAUCCGGCGCCGACACAAACUCAUGGUGAAAUUCGGAAGUCGGUGGCUGCUGUUAUUGGUAGUGUGUCACCAGAUCUAAUGAGGUACGCUGUGGUGAUCCGCCAACAGGCGACGACAGAAAAGGGGAAUAAGGGAGCGAGAGAAAUAAUCGACGACAUGCGUGUUAUUGUGAAGGAGUUGCUUGAGGUUAGUUUUCAUUGUGGGCCAACUGUGAAGUGAUUGAUGUUGCUGGUUGGUGUUGUUGUUGUUGGAGCACGCUUCUGUUGUUGCUUGUUUAUGUUGUUGUUUUGCAGGUAUACUUGCGAAAUACGAACGGUCGUUUCCCAACGCGUAUCAUAUUCUAUCGUGAUGGCGUCUCGGAAGGCCAGUUCGAGAAUGUGUUGGUAGAGGAGUUGGCGGCGAUUCAGAGAGCUUGUGCAGACAUUCGUCCUGGUGAAGAACCCGCGAUCACGUAUAUUGUUGUGCAGAAGCGUCACCACAUUCGGUUUCGACCGAGCGAGCCUAGGGCGAGAAACGUGGAGCCAGGGACGGUGGUUGAUACAGACAUCACACAUCCCAGGGAAUUCGAUUUCUACUUGUGCUCACAAGAAGGGAUUCAGGGCACUUCGAAACCUGCUCACUAUCACGUUUUGUAUGAUGACAGUGACUGGACGUCGGACGGUUUGCAGUUGUUCACCUACCACCUAUGCUAUGCGUAUAUGAGGUGUUCGCGUAGUGUCUCGUAUCCAGCGCCAACUUAUUAUUCUCACUUGGCUGCAUUUCGUGCUCGUGAAUGGUUAUCGGACGUGGAGAAGCCAGAGAUUCUGUUGGACGGUGGUCGUUUUAAAGUUCACAGCAGCCAAGUUGACGGGAUGUUUUACUUGUGAGGAGAUAUUUUAUUUUUAUAUAAAUUGCACUUUAUUUUGAU